AUGCACAGCUACAGAGCCAUGCAGCCGCACCCGUACCACACCGCCCCUGCCGCUCCCACCAAGCACGCCAGCGGCACCGAGGAGGACAACCAGUCCAUGCUCCUCCUCUCCCUCUGGCCUCCCGGCCACCACCACGACGCCGCCUCCUCCUCGGCGUGCUCCUCCCACUCCGCCGCACACUCCACCGCGUCCUCGCCCUGGUUCAACCAAAGCCCUGCUUACAAUGGCGGCGGCGGCUUCUUGUUCCACGAGCAGGACCCGAACGUGACCAUUUCACUCUCCAUAGCACCUCCAUGCGGUGGCAACCUGUCUUCCUGCGGUGGGAGCUUCGCCGCGCCCGUCCCGCCGCCGUCAGUCUCGGCGGCAGGCGGUAACCAGGUGCCCAGCCAGUACUGGAUCCCCUCCGCCGCCGAGAUCCUCGUCGGCUCCACCCAGUUCUCCUGCGCCGUCUGCAACAAGACCUUCAACCGCUUCAACAACAUGCAGAUGCACAUGUGGGGGCACGGCUCGCAGUACCGGAAGGGGUCGGAGUCGCUUCGCGGGGCGGUGACCGUGGGCACGACGACGGCGCCGCCGCCGUCGCUGAUGCGUCUCCCGUGCUACUGCUGCGCGGAGGGCUGCCGGAACAACAUCGACCACCCGCGUGCGCGCCCCCUCAAGGACUUCCGGACGCUUCAGACGCACUACCGCCGCAAGCACGGCGCACGCCCCUACGCGUGCCGCCGGUGCGGCAAGCGGUUCGCCGUGCGCGGCGACUGGCGCACGCACGAGAAGAACUGCGGCAAGCUCUGGUUCUGCGUCUGCGGCUCCGACUUCAAGCACAAGCGCUCGCUCAAGGACCACGUCCGCUCCUUCGGCGGCGGCCACGCGCCGCACAUCGUCGAGUCCGUCGCCAUCGACGACGACGAGGAUGACGAUGACGACAUGCACGACGACGGCGACCUGCAUCUGCCCGACGAGAACGGCCACGUUGCCGGCGACGGCAGCGACAUGAUCUUGCUCUAG